AUGCAUCGAUGGGGAAUACGGGAUAGACUCUAGAAGCAUAGAAGUGCUAUAAACUCACUUUUCUGCUUUCUUCUUUUUUAUUUCUUCUAUUGAUUUCCCUAGCUAAGUCAUCGUGUCCUGUACGUAAAUAAUUCUCGCAAGCCCGAAGUCCUCUAGCUAUCAGUUGUGAGUAACUUGCUACCAUGGCUUUAACAAAUGCAAUGCGCAUUUGCAGGUUAAGACUCUUAAGCGAGUUAUGCCCCUGUUAUCAAGGAGCCGCAGCAUCAUGACAACAACACCUAAGAUGAGAGCCUAUGCGGACUCAACAAUAACAGAGGACGCACAAACUUACUCAAGGUCGUCUCAAUCCCAUAAAAAGAAGAGCAUAAAAGAUGAAUUACUACCCAAAGGAAAACCAAUCGGAGAAUAUGUACCGGUGUAUGUAGCCCUUGGGUUGAUAGGGCUGUCGGUAACACUGGGACUGCACACGGCGAAGCAACAGCUGAUGCACGCUCCUGAUGUGCACGUCAAGAAGAGUAGGAGAGAGACUUUGCCGGAGGUGGUGGAACCUGAAGAUGUGGCUCAUCAAUCUGAGGAGUUCCUUAAGAAGUCUUUCUUCCGGAAGGUUGCUCAUGUUCAGGAGUUUAAAACUCCGGUUGCUGACCCUAUUCAUGGCAAUCCCCUUACAAGGGAGCCACGGGUGGAGUCGUUGAAAACAGUUGGACUAGAUCGUGCUUAAGCUGGUGAAUUCCGUUGUUGAUGAACUUCUGAGUUCUGUCAAGUGCCUUUGUUAGUUUGUUUGGCUUGUUCUGUGCAUUCUCUGUUCUUGUUUACUACAGAGUUAGAGCGCACUGAAGUGAUCAGUGAUGGGUAAUGAGUUUGUAUUAUAUGAUACUAUUUUUGUAUUAUUUUAGUUGCAAUAUUUGCAUUUUCAUAUUUGUUGAGACGUUUUUUUGAAUGUUAAUAUCUUGUAUAAAUAAAAAUUAUAAAAAUUUGGUAUUUUGAA